AUGGCACCAUCUCGCAAACCCGAUGCCCUCUGCUGUGUUUGCGAAACCAUUAACUUCGGGAGGAUUGGUUAUGUGAACGGAAACAACAUCACAUGGCAGGAUCUCGAAAUCGAGUUGCAGCAUCUCCUCAGACACAGCCAAGCAUAUCCGGUUUCAUGCUUAUGCUGUAGUGAGGUGGUCGAAGCUUUUCGACAGCGACUGCACCAGCAGGACACACUUCCUUCCUUUCCUCAGAUCGUUGAACGAGGCGGAGCUCUGGUAAGGUGGACAAUUGACAAAAUCGAGACGGAGUGUACUUCUAAUAUUAGGUACGAGGACUUUGAUCGACAUCUCUGGCGUUAUAGGGUUGAUCUAGUCUCGGGGCUCUACAAAUUACCGAUAUCCUUAUUCAUUCAAAGAUCUUCCAACCAGGCAAUCGCACAUCGAUGGCAGAGUUACAGCGUCACUCCAGCAGGACCGCACCUCGGCCGCACGCGGCCAUUGAUCCCGAGUUAUCGCUUGCUUCGUCAAUGGACGGCAGAUUGCACGAAUUGCCAUGGACCUGGAUGCCAGAAGCCUUAUGUCAAGGUGUAUUUCCCUUGUCUCCGGUCACAGGUGGGAAAAGUACGCAAGAAUGGGCCAAUGUCUCCAUUGCCGCAAGAUGGGGCAGCGAGGGCACCAGCCACGGCACCAAGCAUGGACGGGACGCCCGAGACUAGGUCGCCGCUCGAGAUCGGAUUAAAGAGGGUUAUCGACCCACCAUUGGCUUCGGUGAGAAAGAGCCUUCUGACGCAGCAGCUCAAUACAUCGCUACAUGGCUCCACAUCAUUGCAAAUUCCCAGGCGACCAUUGCGAUACAUCGACGUCACACGCCGCUGCCUGGUUGAACUCAGCGAGCCCGCCCCCUAUGUUACUUUGAGCUAUGUUUGGGGGAACGUCGAACUCCCAGUUUUAUCUGAACACAUGGUGGAAGCUUUUAGCCGAGAGGGAGCGCUGACCGAUGGCUUCCUGCCAAGGACCAUUGCAGAUGCAAUAAAAGUAACACAGGAGCUUGGUCAGAGGUAUCUGUGGGUAGAUUGUCUUUGCAUUAUGCAGAGCCAUGAUGUGGAAAAGCAGGAUGCUAUUCGAAAUAUGCACGAGAUAUAUGCGAGAGCAUUCGUCACUAUCAUAGCAGCAAACAGCAGGGAUGCGAAUCAUGGCCUUUCUGGGAUCACCCCGGGGUCUCGAAACUUCUCUCCUGCUACCUUUUGGAUUCGAGGGGUGCCAUUGAUCGUCUCAUUGGAUCCGUUUCCGGCCAAAUGGUGGCUGGGAGACACCCCAUGGUUGCAUCGUGGCUGGACGUUCCAGGAGAAGGCACUUUCACCACGAUGUCUGAUUUUCACGCAGCAACAGAUCUAUUGGGAAUGCCGGCGGUCUUUGUGGUGCGAGGACAGAAUUGAGGAGACGUCAGGAGACCCAAGCUUGUAUGCACCGACUUUUACCUACGGACUGUCUUACAGAGAUCCUUUUGGGCUAUUCACUGCAUGGAAUGACGAAGACUUCAUGGCGGAAUACUGCACAAUGGUCGCCGAGUAUUCUGAACGGUCUCUUACGUAUGAGCACGACAUCCUUUCAGCAUUCGAGGGCAUUCUCGGCAUGUUCAAAGUGGCUGAGGGUAGAGAUUUUCUGUGGGGGCUCCCUCGAUCGUGCCUUGCUCAAUCUUUGGCAUGGAGCUUUCGCUCGCAGCCAAAACGGCGAGAGGUGAGAACAAUGAUAGUGAUGCCUGACAGCGAACCGCUCUACUGCUCAUUUCCAAGCUGGUCAUGGGUUGGCUGGAUCGGACCCAUUGAUCCCGUCGUGGCUGAUCCGUGGAAAGCGGAAUUGGUCACGUUCUACUUUGUGAACCACAAUUUUGAGAUGCAGAUGCUCCGAGAUGAGGCAGAGGACCUGGCCCGACCUCGGCCGCUGAAUCUAGUCUCAAACACAACUCGCUUAUCCGUAACAGCCAAAUUGGCUUUCGCAGACGAAGCCCAGGAGCUGAUGAGAUCGGUACAUUGGCGCCCAAGCCCAUGGAACACCCAUCAAAACUCUGCAGUGUACAAGUCUGACAUAGCCGAACACCUUCUUGCCUCGCCAGACCUACCAAGCUUCCUUUUCUGUCGUACAAGUAUUGCUAAACUUCCGGAGCAUAUGUUCUCUUUCACAGACGGCAUCGUGAUAGAUGGCGAUAGGGACGAGGUAGUGGUAAUGCCUGUCUGCUGGAACAACGGAGUUGCCUAUAGGUCACCCCAAGAGUUCGAUCGCAUUCCACUCGUUGAAUGGAUGGCUUUGCCAACACAAGAAUGGAAACUGGUUGUACUUGAGGACUUUCUCCCGACGCAUUCUGGUGAUAGCAAAUCCGACGGCUUCAAGGUGUGGAGUGGACUCAUCAAGGAACCGCUUCUAGCAAACUUACCAAAACCAGAUGCUCUUCAAGAAUCAACCCUGCCUGCUACUUGCAGAGUAAGGGCUGACCACACUUUUGAAACGACAACAGACUUGAAGGAUAAAGAGUUAUCUCACCAGUAG